CUCCUUGUUUGCAAGCAGAAAGUAUUCAGUAAGAGAGACAGUCUCAGUUGAAACAUGAAGUGUUUUGGUACCAAGGCUUUGCCACCGCUGAUGUUGAUGUUGGUCAUGACAAGUUUGAUGGAGCCAGGAAAGGCCGCCUCUUGUCCCAGCACCUUCUUCUCGGCACUUGUUCAGCUGAUACCGUGCAGGGCAGCUGUUGCACCUUUUAGCCCACUCCCACCAACUGAGGCCUGCUGCAAUGCGCUCAAAGCUCUAGGCCAGCCUUGCUUGUGUGUGCUAGUGAAUGGACCCCCAAUCUCUGGUGUGGACCGGAACAUGGCUUUGCAACUCCCCGAGAAGUGCACCGCCAACUUUGAACCAUGCGAAAUGAUGAAGUAAAUAUAAACGAGCCUAGACCCGAUCGAGGAAUUAGGCUCCAUGAAUAAGUGUUCGAUCAAGAAGUUAAGGCCAGGGUCUUUUGGUUGUAAUAUUAUCCGAUGCUGAUCAUCAUAAUAAGAGGACAAAUGUUGAGUGGUUUUCACUAGUUUAUGUAAUUUUGCUAAGAAAAAAAGAUUGCUUAAUAUUUAAACUGAAAAAACAAACAAUGACUGUUCUUCUA